AAAAAAAAAAAAAAGCAAGUGAAAGGCAACUCUACGUACUUGACAAAUUUUGCAAAACCCUUGAGUUCGAACUCGCGACGGCGUUGACAUCAGCUAUAAUCUAGCUACAACCCUGAUUCAAAAUUGACAUUAUGGAAGAGAUCGUCAGGUUUAUGAACUUUCACGAAUGGAUCACUGAGAGAAAUUUCGACGAAAUUUGGGAGACUCAUGAGUGCAACAUUAUUGGACUUGGUAGUUUAUUUAUUGAAGUACUUAAUAAAAUAAUUAGGCUGUUGAUAGAUAUUCACGAACAUGAUGGUUUCAAUGGUGAUCUGUGGAAUAAUUUAAGGAUUAGGCAGAUUAGGCGCACAAAUGCAUCUGGAUCUUGGGACCUAUGGGGGUGAAUUUGGCUGUGAACUCUCUUCCAAACCUUAGCCUAAUAGGUGGGAUUAUUCUUGACGUUCAACACUUUAGACACAUGGUACGUUUAGCUGAGAUAAUAUUUCCUUUAGACGUUCCCCUUCCUCAUGCUUAUGACAGCUUUUUACAACAUUAUGGGUUUGAUGAAGGCCAAUAUUUUCAAACAGUCCUUGCACGUGAUCCUGCACGUGAUCCUACUCCUUAUGAAGUUAAGAAAAUUGCAUUUUUUAAUUAUUCUCAUCCACUUUUUUUCAACAAAGUGGAUAGAGUUCACUUUAUUUAUAAAGUGUACGAAAUCCGAAAGAGAAAUUCAAGAGAAUUCAACCGUCUUGUCCGUUUAGAUCAAAGCACCCCUCUUGCGAAUAUGGAUGAUUGGCUGAAUAGAAUCUUAACAAGUAAUAAUCAACAAUAUUGGCUUAAUGAUCAGUCGCCACUGCGGCAAGUUCUGUAUUUCAAGAAUGAACAAGGACAAUCUGUUUUUCGAAGCUAUUUUGCGGUGCCAUGUGAAGUGGUAAAUUACUUAAGGAUUGUUUGUGAACAUGGAAGGGACAUCAAUCGAAAUAUUUCCUCUGGAAAAAUCGUCAAGGUGCUGCACCAAGUUCUCCCUGAUGCCUUGUCCAAGAUACAUUUCGUCUUAUUUAUUACUUUUUUUGAUAACAUUUGUCUAAGAAAUUUGAAUGCUAAUGACAUUGUCAAACUAAUGAAGCAAGGUCCUUUUGGCUACAAGGGGCUCAAACUCAGAUUAUGGCAUGGAGUGCAGUGAUUUCAUGAGGGUGGUGUUGAAGAUGGAGACUAGGAAGGACUCAAGCACUGGUUGGAAAUUACUAGGAGGCAUACAUUCAUUAUUUCUCUGUUUUUCAGUAUGAAUACUGGAUAUUUAGUGGUUUGUGGGAUUGUUUGUUUCUUUAUUUGAGUGUGGAGAUUAAUAUUUUGUUUCUUUGCUAAGAUAAUAUAUUAUUUUAAUAUUUUAGUCAGAACCUCAA